AUGAACCUUCCUUUAGAUGGCAGGCGGUGGGAGCGCAAGAACUCGCAGACCUGGCGCAACCCUCGACUUGUGCAACGGCAAUGGAAUAGGGAGUGGCCCGAGGAUGAGAGGCCCACUAUUGCCUUGACUCAAGGUCGCAGGUCGAUCGAUCAAGAUUAUGCGUUACCUGUUGAGCGAGUACAAGAGGUCGAGUCCGGCUUCAACCACAAAAUCGAGAACCAAAACAGCAUUGAACAGGAUGUUGAAGAGAAGGACUCGGAUGAAAAUGUCGAGAGACUACCCAGUGAUCCUCCUAUCCGAAUCUCAGAUGAGAAUGGUGACUCCCUUCAAGACGAUGCAAAAUCAUCACCGAACCCCCGUGUCAAGCCGGAUCCGGACCUACCAUCUGGACCGGAAGUCCUCCUGAUUCCAGGUGAUCCUAUUGAAGACACACGAGAGGAGCCACAACAUGCGGAGGUACUGGCAGAAAGCCUACCUAUGGGUCGAGUGGAAGUUCAAGCAAAUUUGAAUCCAGAAACGGAGAAGGAGCCAUUGAUUUCAUCGCCGGAUCAACCCGCGAAGGAGAAGGUCAUGGAAUCCGAACCCCUCGACCAUCUGACAUUGGAAGAGAAGGCAGAUAGUCUACCGGAGAUCAUUCACAUUCCCUUCGAGGACGCCAUCAAAGACGACGUGCUCCAGGGGUGGGAGGACCGUUGGAUCUCCGAGGCUUUGUAUGAUGUCAAGAAAUGGGGAAAGUUGGAUGAGAUCAAGAUAGAUUUCGUCUAUCUCUGUGAGACUAUAUUAUCAUUCCUGAGAAAGUCAUGGCUAACCUAUGCAGGGGUGAAUGGCUCACAGGAAGAAUUUCAGAAGACCAAAUAUCCAUACGAACUGAACUCGGUACUGAAUGACGAAGAUGGGCACUGGAUCAACUCACACGGAGUCAAUCGUUAUCGAGACUGGGACGAAUUGCGGUACUCUCUCCGGAGCGUUGAACAGCAUGCAUCCAGUUUUCGCAACAAGAUACAGAUUGUGGUCAACUCGGUGGAGGGCACCCCAGAAGGAAAGCAAGUCCCAACUUGGUUGAACGACAAAGACCACACCAAAGAAGUUGUCCAGGUCUUGUCACAGGAGGAGUUUUUCGAUCGCGAAAAACACGCCUGCCUUCCGACAUUCAACUCGCUGACCAUUGAAAACCAACUCUUCAACACGCCGUCGGACACGGAUUAUUUGUACGCCCUCUCCGACGACAUGCUGUUGGGUAAGACGCAUUCGGCAUCGGAUAUUCACUCGCCACUCUUUGGGGCUGUCAUGGGUUUCAAGACCAACUCGUACAGCGCCACAUCACCACCGACCGAGGUGGAUGCACAUCGAUUUGGAGAAAAGCCGUUCCUGAUCUACACUUCGUGGUUGCUGAACCGUCGAUUUGGGAUACGGAAGCGCAAAGGACAAGGUCAUUUUGGACAUGCCCUGUCUCGGAGCAUCAUGCGUGAAGCUAUCUCUUCCUUUCCCGGCCCGGAGCUUCAGAGUGCGUGUAAGCGAUUCCGUGGAGAGCCUGGAUUUCAGUUGUAUUCCUGGUAUGUGACGUUCCAUUACCUCAUGGAACGACAUCGUGAGGCUCUACUCUGGAGUUAUAUCAUGCUACGAAGUGAUGUGGACGGAGAUGGGAAUCUGUCUUGGGAAGAGAGACAAACGAUCAUGCAAGAUUUGGAGAUGGGAAUGACGAACGAAGGCAAGACGACUUACCGCAAACGUAACUUUUACCACGUGUCUCAAAUGCUUCAGAAAGCUGGGUUGGAGCCGCCGAAAGUCAACACGGACAUUCUUUGGACCUCGCUGGAUGGACCGCAAACGAUACAAAACCUCGACUGCAUUGAAUUUGACGUCAACGAAUGCCUGGCACCAGGAUUCUCAAUCUCGUCAACAGACGCGCGCAACAAGAAUCCGGUUUUCUCGACCUCUAAUGUGUUUGAUCGACUGGCCAGACAGGAACCCAAAUGUGGAGAUUGUCUUCUCAAGUUGGUCUUGAACAAGACACCCAAAGGCUUGUCGCCGCUGCUCCCGCGAGCAGACACGCAACAGGAGCAGCGAGAAAUGGUGAUCAAGGCGGUAAUGCGCUACCGAUAUACCAUCAGCAACCCAGACGCAUUGUUUGUGAUGGUCACCGAUGCGGAGCAAGUUGACAGCACGUUGGUGAGUCGGUAUGUUCGAUCCAAGAAGGAACUGGCGGGACAAUUGUGCUUGAACGACGAUGUCUCAACGAGUGAUGCUCUAGAAUUGGCGGACGUGAAGGAAGCCAUGACGGAACUAUAUGAGGGAUUGUUCCCCGAAUCCAGUCCGUAUGAAAAGUGA